ACACAACUUGCUGACCUUGCGGUGAGAGUGGGCUCUGUGCAACGGCUCAACAUUGGUCCUUUGAGAAACGCAGCUUAACGGUUCUCGCCUUCACCGCAGUCUCAAGCGGUCCCAAUGGCUGCUUCGCGGUCGUACCCGGUGUUGUCACGUCGCGAGAUCGAGGCGUUGAUCGCGGAGGGCAGGACUAUCAUUAUCGUCGACCAGCAUGUCAUCAAGGCGGAUGCAUGGCUCAAGUACCACCCGGGCGGCGACAAGGCUAUCAUGCACAUGGUGGGGAGAGAUGCCACGGACGAGGUGAAUGGGUGAGUUUGCGAAGCUCGAGCAUGCGCAGUAUGGCAUGUUGUAUG